AUGCCGCUGCCGUCUGCGCCACCUGGUGAUCCGGACCGGCUUGUACUGAACGUGGGCGGAGAGUACUUCGUGACCACAAGGGAAGCACUGUUCCGCGGCCAGCCGCGGCAAAUGCUCGGCUGCCUGUACAGCCAAGAUGUGGACGGCGGAUUGUGCCUCAAGGAGAAAGACCGCUACGGAGCGUACAUGCUCGACCGGUGCCCGACGUACGCCGCGCCGAUACUGGACUACCUCCAACACGGCAGGCUGCUGCUGAACGACAAAAUUUCGCAUCUGGGCGUAAUCGAAGAGGCGAAGUUCUUUGGACUCGACUCGCUGAUUCCGGAUAUCGAGCGUAUGAUGAAGGACCAAAAUUUAUCGGGGGCCGACCUGUCGUGGCUGGAGCUGCAGCACGUCGUCUUCAAGGGGGCCGACCUGAGCAUGUGCAACUUCGAAGGUGCCGAUCUCUCCCACUCCGACUUCGAGGCGACGCAGCUCUAUGGAGCUAAGAUGAUCAAGGCAAACCUGGAAGGCGCCGACUUCCGUUGUUGCAAGAUGGGGGACCCAAACGGCCCGGUCGAGAAGAACGCCAACCUCCAAUGGGCCAACUUGAAGGACGCCAACAUGGACGGAAGCGUGUUGUACGGCGUCAACUUCCGCAACGCGACGCUGACGAAUGCCAGCCUGCAGGACUGCGACCUGCGCUACGCCGCAAUGGGCUACGCUGACGUCAUGGUGCGUGCGUCCCUCUCCUGA